UCUCGCUCGCUCUCUGCGUCUUCUCGACCAUCGAAGCAUCGCGAAGAGCGACGAUGAAGAUUGUUCACGUCGAGUGCUUGGAAGACAAUUACGCCUACAUAAUCGUGAAUGAGGUGUCCGGGGAGGCGGCGGCCGUCGAUCCCGUCGAGCCCGACAAGGUCUGCUGGACGGCGAAGCAGAUCGGGGCCGAUCUCAAGCUUGUCCUCACGACUCACCACCACUGGGAUCAUGCAGGUGGGAACGAGAAGAUGAAGCAGUUGGUGCCGGGGAUAAAAGUCUUUGGUGGAUCAAAAGACUCCGUCAAAGGUUGCACGGAUAAUUUAGAGAACGGGGAUAAGCUGCCUCUGGGGCCGGAUAUGGAGAUACUGGCGCUCCACACACCAUGCCACACCAUGGGUCAUAUUAGCUAUUACGUGACCAGUAAAGGGGAAGAUCCAGCUGUCUUUACUGGAGACACAUUGUUUAUCGCUGGUUGUGGCAAGUUUUUCGAAGGCACUGCAGAACAGAUGUAUCAAUCACUAUGUGUGACAUUGAGUUCACUGCCGAAGCCUACUCGUGUUUAUUGUGGCCAUGAGUACACGGUGAAGAACCUGCAGUUUGCGUCAACGGUUGAACCAGACAAUGAAAAGAUAUCACAGAAGCUAUUAUGGGCUCAAAAUCAACGUAAAGAAGGCCAGCCUACCAUUCCUUCGACAAUUGACGAAGAACUACAAACCAAUCCAUUCAUGCGGGUUGACUUACCCGAGAUACAGGCUAGAGUCGGCUGUGGUACUCCAGUCGAGACGCUGAGGAAAAUUAGGACAAUGAAAGACAACUGGAGAGGCUGAAAAGGAGGAGAUCAAUCCUCCGAAGAGACGAUCCAAAGAGUCUUAUGGGAUAUGGUAAUGUGUUGUUAGAACAAGGACCAUAUUUUCUGUGGUUAUAGAAUCUUGCCCGAGACUGCAAUAAAUCACGGUGUGCGAUUGUUCACGGAAUAUAUCUCGAUGAAUUAAUGUUGUGAGA